AUGGAAUUUAGUGAAUUUAUGAAGUCAUUUCCGAUCCGUACGGAUAUUUUUGAUGACAUAACUUACCUACAGAAGCAUUUAAGACUAAUCAUAAAAUUUCAUCAGAAAUUAUCCUCUAAACUGUAUUCAACGUCAUUAAAUCAAAAUAAUGAAUCAACAUAUCCUUCAAAAAAUUUUUCUGCAAUUCGUGAAUUUAUGGAUGAUUUGGAAAGCGAAAUGGAUGACAUUAGUCGAGAACAGAAAAUGCUCAUAGACAUUGUGAAAAAGUGUAUGAAUCAGUACAAUGAGACGCUAUCAAAAGAAUGUAAUGUUAAAAUGGAUAUGGAUGUAGCUGAAGGAUUUAUCUCGAGAGCUCUGCAAUAUCACUAUCAAAAGAAUAAUUCCAUUAUAACGCCCAAUAAUGUCAAAGCACGAAUGUCGGAAGAUGAACUCAAACAAAAGUAUGAAGAGAUUCGAGUUAAGAAUGAAAGUGAACGAGCAUUGAAACAAUUGAUGGGACUGGAGAAGAAAAGUUUAAUUAAAACAUCACCAAGUGCUUCAUCUGUUGCAGCACAAGAACGAGAAUCAUUAAUCAAGCCAAAUUUUCGUAAGCCAUCAAGUACAUCGGGAAGAGUUGAGAAGAAAACAGUUAUAGCUGCAAAGAAUACAAUCGUUGAAACAAGACAUGCAAAAAUCAUUUCAAAGAAACAAAAUGCCGUCCAGCAAGGAAUAAAUGGAAGUCGAUUGAAUUUACUGCGUGCAUUGAAUAAUGUUAAAAUAGAACAAACUGAGCAGUAUUCAGACUUUGGUGAUGGUGUCAAGUAUAUUAGAAGUGACGAAGAUUGUUCAGAUCAAUCUUCAUCUGACGGUCCAAUAUUAGAUCCAGAAAUUGAUCCUUUAAAAAUAACAUCGACAACACGUGGAAAAAGACGUACUUCUCCAGCAUCAAAUGCUAGUUCCGAACGAGCUUUUCCACCACUGCCACAAGAACCUCCACCGAAAAUUGACUAUACAAAGGAGGAAUUUUUAUCUAUUUUCCAGUUAAUCGUACCACAAAUUGCUGAAGAAAUUAAAGUACAAAAAACAAAACGGAAACGCAGAAACUGCUUCAAAAACGAAAAAAAUGACUUCCAUUAUGGCAAUUUCGACCUGAAUGAAGCUGCUUAUCGUCUCAGACUCUGCAACAAUCGAAGAUCUAUUUUAUACUCUCCCAAUAAUAAGCGCAAGUGA